AUGUCAUUAUCUCCACACUCAAACGUCAUGUUUCAAAUUGCUGAAAAAGAUAUUUCUUUAAUUCAAAAGUAUAUCAAAAUUCCUUCUUACCAAGAUUUGUCUUUCUUAAAUAAUGGAACAUAUUCAAUUCAAUCAAUUCAUUGUGCUUUUUUCAUUGACUGUUCAUUAAGCGCAAAGAGGCAUCACCAUGAAAUGCUCCAACAUAUAUACAGGAUAGUAAGUCCUCCUGUUCUUACCUCAAAUCAUAUUAUCCAUGCCUUUUAUAUUCAACCAACAGACAAUAAAGUUCCAAUAAUCUAUCGUGUCUAUCAAAAUGUUCAACAAUUUAUUUAUGAAUUACAGAGAAUCAAGUAUUAUGAUGUUUCACCAUUGCCUUCAUUUUAUGAGUUAGUAAAAGUUAUUGUUAGUGGUAUGUCUGAAAUAUUUUAUUCUUUACAAGUGUGUGUUCAUUUAUUAAUCUUUUAUGAAGAAUGUAUCUCUUCUUCAAACCUUGGAGUCUUAUUACCUUUACUUGAAGUUUGUGGGAAACAAGGAGUUACAUUCUUAUUUACAAUUACUUCAUAUAAUCAAUCAAUUGAAUAUGCUGAAUUCUUCUGGAAUGGAUUAAGUCAAUUAAAAACUACAAUUUCUAUAAAAAGUACUGACGAGUAUGGUGUGACAACAAUUAGAACAGAAAAGGUUAACCCAUUUAUUCCUAUAUCAUUUAGACCACCACUAUUAACUAAACAAGAUUUAUCUCUUAUCCCACUUGAUAUAUUACAUCUUUAUCCAUUAGAUCUAGAAGAAACAGAGACUAUUGAAGGACUUAUUGUUAGUAUUGAACCAAAAUAUUUUUUAAAUGACCAAUGUUUUGAAUUUUAUUCAAGACCAUUAUGGUAUCACGUACAACCAACAGUAUUAGUUAAAAACAAAUAUCCAUUUGCUCGUGGUGGUAUUAGAAAUGCUUAUCAUGGAAUUAAUAAAUUAACAAAAAAAAAGAUAGUACUUAAAGAUUUCAUUGAACCAACAUUUACUUCAUUAGUUAAAUACCUUCAUUCUCUUGAAUUAAAUUGUGCAGUUGAAGAAUUGGCAUCCGAAUUUAAUCAGGUUAAUACUUCUUUUAAAAGAAUCAACUUCAUUCCAACAUAUUUAUUUGUUGAAUGUGACCAAUGUCUUAUUGGAAAAUCAGUUUUAAGUUAUGACGAACUAAUGAUGGUCUGUAAAAAACAAGUAUAUUUUGUUGAACCUGAAUUAAAUGGUGAAUUUGUUAAGUUUAACGAUAAUGAUUAUUGGGUAAAUUCUGAAAUGUAUAGUGCUACAGCUCAAGCCUUUUCUCAUUGGACAUAUUUCAGAACUGCUAGAAGGUUAAUUGUUGUUGACUUACAAGGAGUGGUUAAUAAAGAAAAGAAUGAAUAUAUAUUAACCGAUCCAGCAGUUCAUCAUGAGUCUCUAUCAAAAUAUUUUUUUUCGUCAACUAAUCUUGGACAAAAUGGGAUUGCUCAUUUCUUUGAGUCCCAUGAAUGUAAUUCUGUUUGUAAACAACUAAAGAUAGGAAAGUAUAUCCCAGGCUAUGAUAAGAAUAGUGAGCCAAUUUACUCUGAAUAUGUUACUAUGUUCCCAAAACGAUCAAAAUAA